AUGAUUCAGUAUUUCUUAUCUCACAAUUAGUAAUAAUCCAAAGAAGAAAGUACUUAGAUGCAUAGUAUAUUUUUAGAAAAAUCAGUUUUAUCAUGCUUUUCAAUAUACAGUAUAUAAAAGGAAAUUAGAAAACUAUUUAUAUUCAUAGAUGUAUUGGAUGUAAGUUAUUAUCUUUAACUAUAAUAUUUAAAAUAUUAAAUAUUUCUUCUUUUGGAAUAAGAAAAUAAAUUAAUAUAUUUUCAAUACUCUUCAAAUAAAAUAAUAGUUUAAAUCAAAUACUAUUUUACUCUAUCAAAAUAUUUUAUUUUCAAAGUUAUAUGUAUAGCUUAAAAUAAAUACAAUUAUUUAGUAUUUACUAUUUAAAGCAAUAUUUUGCCCAGCUCUGUAACUUAAGUAAACUGAAGUUAUCAAUGCUUUGUAGUUCAGAAAGUUUAUUUUUUUUUUUCGUACAUGCACUACUUAUGUCGUAAUGUAUUUAUGUGUUGGAAGAUAUGGUCCAAUAGACUUUUUUGUACAUACAAUUACAUUUCUGACGAUGGUUAGAUAUUUAUCAUUGUUGCUUUAUUUUUAUAAAUUCUUUUAUUCCAUUCUUCUAUGAUUUCUCGCUUCGAUAUUUAAGUAAUACAUAAUUAUGUUUACGUCAUGAUUGCAAAUGUGUUGAUUGUUGCUAUAUAAUGAACUUGUAAUACCUUUACAUUCACAAGACCUUUCUUGCACCACUUUUUUGUACGUUCAAUAAUAUAAAUCUUUUUCUGGAUUUACUAAAUAUAAAACCAUCAAUAAAAAUUUUUAUUUUUUUUUCAACUAGCAACUUACUCACAAUUUUCGACAUCGUAUAUAAACAAUUUGAUAUAACGUAGACUAAUUGAACUGAUACAGACGCUCAAGGCAAUUGAAUCGUAACACAGCAUGAACAAUUUGUCCAUAAGAAAGAUAUGUCUAUGAAAGUAUAUGUCGGUGAGAAUUGAAUGUCAAUAACUAGGGAUUGUGAUGAACAUAUCUCAAUGUUUAAGUUGUUUUUGAACGAUCAAGUAAGUAUUAUGGAAAUCAAAGACAAUUUAUUGUUUAAUAUAAUUUUAUUCGUCAUAUACAGAAUAAUAUUAUCUUUUUCUAAGAAGUUAGACAUAACAUUGUAAAAUUAGAGAUAAUGUGAACAUAAGUAAAAUGAUAUUCUGUUGUCAUAUUAUAAUUAUGAAUAAGAGAGAUCUCUUUUUGUUUUUAAAGCUGUAAUUACUGAAAAGAAGUUUUUUGCUUUUAUUUCUACCACGGAAUUAUUGUGUAAUAAUACCCUGGUAAUUUGCUCUAAUCGAUAAGCAUAUUGAGAAAAGUUUAGUAUACAGUGGGUAUUCAGUGCACAAUCUGUAACUAUAUCAGAGAGAUUACUUCUAUGUGCAGGAUCGAUUUUAUUUCAACUGUGACUAGUGUAAUAGUACUAGUACUUAAUACGUAAAAAAAAUUGUAAAGAAGAUUAAACAAAAUGUCAGAAAUGUUAAAUAAAUAUUAAUAUAAAAUUUCUUAAAAAGAAUUUUUGAAAUAAGAAAAUUGUUUGGCUUUUUAAACUUUAAAUAUAAUAAUUGAUACGAUAUUUAACGUUACAGUGUCAACUUUCAUGUUUCAUUAUUGUAUAUUGAUAAAUUGCAAUUAUAUAAUAACUAUUAUAUUUUGUUCUAACAAUAUUCUAAAUUAAUACCGAUGACUUCGAAAAGUGUCAUCAAUCGUCCACUGGAAUAUAGUUUACGUUUAUUCGGUGUUUGGCCAGAUUCUUCUUAUUCAAUAUUAAAAAUUAUUGUAUGGACGAUAAUAAUGUCAACGUUUCUAAUAUUUCAAUAUUGGUAUUGUAUUAUACAUAUUAAAUCGAGUCUAAUUGAAUUAUUAGAUGGACUGAGCUAUACUUUAUCGAAUUCACUGGUAUUUCUGAAAUUGAUUGUUAUUUGGCUUCAUAAACGGUAAGAUAUAAGUAAUUUGUAUAAUAUACGUAGUCCUUUUUUUUAUUAUUAAAGAGGAAAAAAAGAAGUUGUAGAAUUAUAACAGAAGUUGUAACAAUUAUUGAAAUUAAAAUUUGGAUUACAUUAGUAUUUGAACAAAUGCUUAAUGAAAUCGAACUUUCAAUACGUUUAAUUUAAAGGAAAUAUUAUUUUGGAACAGAACGUUUUAUGAAAUCCUGAGGACAAUAUUUGAAGAUUGGAAUAUUGGUAGUACUACCGUUCAAAAUAAACGAAUAAUGUUGGACAAAGCAAUAUUAUCUUCUCGCAUUUCAAAUUUCUUAAUUGGACUUGCUCUAGCAUUAUUUGACGAAGAACAGAUUUCAUCAGAUUCUAAACAAAGAAAGUUUUUAAUUAGAAUGGAAUUUCCAUUCGCAGCAACCAUUUCUCCGCAUUAUGAAAUUAUUCUCGCUAUACAAUUUAUAUUUGAAUUUCUCAUAGUUUAUGGUGCAGCUACGUCAAUAGCAUUAAUUGCAGCAUUAAUAUUACACGUUGGUAGUCAAAUUGAUUUAUUUUGCUGUAAAUUAGCAGAAAUUUCUAAUAAUUACAAGAAUGAAAAGUCACAGAAACAAAUAAUAAACGAUAUGGUUAGAAGACAUCAACGAAUUACACAAUUAUCAAAAAAUAUUGAGAAAACCUUCACUUACAUAUCGCUAUGUCAGUUUGUAUUGAAUAUGUUGUCUUUACAUACGGAUCAAGCAAUUGUAUUAAUAAUGAAGUGUUUUCCAUAUUAUAUUGCUAUUAAUUGUGAAGCAUUUAUUUUAUGUUAUACUGGUGAAUAUCUUACUUCUAAGAGUGAAAAUAUUACUAAAUCUGUAUAUAAUUUUCUUUGGUAUGAAUUGAAACCUCAAAAUGCUCGUAUUAUGUUAUUGAUUAUAUUACGGUCACAAAGACAAUUAGAACUUACAGCGGGCAAGUUUGUGCGCCUUUCCUUAGAAGCAUUUACUAAUGUAAGAUACGAAUAUUAUAUUAUGAAAUGAUUAUAUACAUAUAAAGUAAGAAAGUAUCAACAUAAUUUUAUUAUUUUUUAUUUGAAUCUUUAUAAUUAAUUUUUUUAACGUUUAUAUUAAUAUUUUAUAAAAUAUUUACUUUAUUUUUAUAUAAUUACAAUAAAUUAAAAUUUUUAGAUGUUAAAAGCUUCUGUUUCUUAUGUAUCUGUUUUGUACGCAAUGUACUGA